UUUUUUUUGAUAGCUAUUAGACUAAAAAACGUUCAGAUAAGAUUAACGCGGUCGACAAUAUGCGCAUGACUUUAAAAUGUAACUGACUUUUUUUCUUAAACGUUCCUUUUCGUGAUUCCAAUAUAGUGGGUUAACCUUGAACAUAGUGACUGUGAUGAGUUUCACGUGUAAGUUUAAUCUCUCAGAUAAAAUUGUAAAAACUCACGGAAGCUGUUAGCACGUUCCUUCAUACCGAUAAUGAAAUUAAUAUCAACUGUCCUCAAUCUACAUACUAAAUCUAAGAUUCACAAAGUUUUAACCGAUGCGCAUUUACUGUUUGCAUUCAAAUUUCAUUAGACAAGGUAAUGGAAAAUAUGUCUCAUAGUCUAAACGUCAAGUCUCAAGUGAAAUUCCCAGUGUCCGUAUGAUAUCGGUCACUUCCUGGAUACGACACAAGCACAGCUUCACGAGCUUCAAUGUAAACAUCAGCCAAAUCAUGGACGGACGUGACAGAACUUUCCACCUGCUCCAAGUAUUUCUCUGUUUCUUCGUCUUCGCUUCGACUGAGGAGACUAAGCAGAAUUGUUCUCAGGUACAGUGUCCAGGACCGCUGAUAUAUUACAAUGACGUGGGAUGCACUCCUGUGUACAAGAACGAAGGAGACUGUUGCGCCUACAAAUACAACUGUGACCAUUUAUAUGCUAGAUCACCAAAUAAGUGUUACAUUAAGGACAGGAGCUAUGAGAUUGGAGAAUUUGCAAGUCAGGAAGAUAUAAAAUUUUGUGACAAGGCAUGUGUCUGUGUAUCUGGAAAAAACUCAACAAGAUUCUGGUGCUUCGACAUCAGCUAUGAAUAUGAUCCCCACUUUGACGUCAGUUGUUACCUGAAACGUAACAUUCAUGAAUGUGGUCCAGGAAUACCAACUUGCCCUAAAAACGAUUCGGAGAUUCCACAGUGCAUUGUGGAUAGGUAUAGGUACAGGGAUGGACAAUCCUUCAAACCAAUCAAGGAGCCAUGGAAAUGGUGCGUCUGUCAAGAAGGCUAUAAGGGUGAUAAUAUUGAACCAUUCUGUAUAACAACGGGAAUCAGGUGCGGUAUAGAAUACUAUGAAAAUAUAGACAUUGCCAAUAAAAAUGCACCAAUAUACCGCCCAUAUGGAAAUUCUGCUAUCAGUUGUACUAACUAUUGGCGUCGUCAAAACGCAAACGAUACUGUAAUUUCAAAUGCAAUUGGACCUACAGCCCCUGAUGAAAACUCUUCUGGUGAAGAAGAUCUCAUCUGUAAAUUUGGCAACCUGACCAUGAAUAUCGGGGACGAGCUAAGUCAAAACAUAUACAACUAUCCAAACUGCGCGAGAUGCGUUUGCGAAGUGCCGCCUACACCAACUUGUAAAAUUGAUUAUUAUAAUUAUUUGAGUGAACCCGCCCUCCGGAAUUGUUUUUAUUUCAACGAUACUGUAAUAUCAAAUCCGAAUAACUCCGCAUCCCCUGCAGAGAACCAUUCCGGAGAAACUGAUCCGACCUGCAAAUUCGGCGAUUUGACAAUGAAUAUCGGGGAUCAACUUAGUCCAUCUACAGAUUAUGAUUCACCCAGAGUGAACUGCACUUGCGAAGUGCCGCCCACACCAACAUGUAAACUUCUUAAUUCAAGUUUCGUCUUUUGGUAGGAGUUGACUCUUAAAAAUUAUGUAAUUAAGAAUACCUGCAUUUUAUAUGAAGUUGGAGAACAGAAGAGAAACUUGAAAUAGCCGCGUUAACUGAUCUAGUAAUAUUAAUAUUUAUAAGCCAAGAUCAUUGUCUGGAUGUUGUAUAAAAUCCAAGAUCAUUAAAAUAAAAGCAUUAAAGAUA